UUUUGCGAAAUUUGGACGUUUUGUUUACGUUUGAUUGCUUUCGGAUGCUUGUUGUAAUUUAAUUAAUUGUGGUGCAAUAACCAUUGACCUUGAAAGAAAAUAUGAAAGAGUGCCGAAAAUCCAUUGAUUUAACAAUUCGGAGAUUACGAUUAUGCAACAAAUGUUGGUGGCGCUGCACUCUAGAUCCCGCGAUGGGUGAAUCAUUGCUUACGUUUGAUAAAAUUUUAGUUUAUUUCCGCCGAUUUGAUACAAUUACGUGAACAUGAUUGAAGAAGAACAAGAAACACUUUCGGAUCUUGUAAACCAAGAAGAAUACAACGAAAUGAUGAAAAACGUCAUGGGAAUGGAUUCGUUGGAUAUGAUAAACGAAACCGGUGGCAUGAUGGAUCCAAUGAACAUGAUGAAUGCCGACGAAACUACUCUUAGUUUGGAAGACUUCAAAUACAAUAUCCACCAAAACUUAUACCUCACAGCCCCCAUUUUUCCUCCCAACGAGCCGCAAGAACUCUGCAACACCGAAUACCCCGGCCCUUUGAACUUCGAAGUGUUCGUCGAUCCCAACGUCUUGAAAAAUCCCUGGGAAUACUCCCCGAUUCUGAACAAAAUCUACAUCGACAUGAAGCACAAAUUCCCGAUUAAUUUCAGCGUGAAAAAAACCGACGCUGAGCGUAAACUCUUCGUCAGAGUCAUGCCGAUGUUCGAGGAGGACAGAUAUGUGCAAGAAUUGGUCCACAGAUGCAUCUGUCACGAGCAACUCACCGACCCCACCAACCAUGGCGUUUCUGAACUGGUAGCACAACACAUCAUCAGAUGUGACAACCAGAAAGCGCAAUAUUUUGGGGAUAAAAACGCAGGGAAAAGACUGAGCAUUGUCAUUCCAUUGGGGGCCCCCCAGGUGGGGACUGACAGCGUCAAGGAGUUCUUCCAUUUCGUCUGCAAAAACUCCUGCGUCGGGGGCAUGAACCGAAGGCCGAUUCAAGUCAUUUUCAUGCUGGAAAACGAGUGUGGUAGUGUUCUGGGUCGCCGCGUCCUGUGCGUCCGCAUCUGCUCUUGCCCGAAACGCGAUCGUGAAAAAGAAGAAAAAAAGAAUGAACCUCAUCAUUCGAGUAAAAAAAGAAAAAUCGAGAAGAAACCUACACCGUCGCCUGAAACAACUGAUACUCGGGUUUUUUCUCUCAGUGUCGUCGGUGAGGAGAAUUACAAAAUGCUGUUGAAAGUUUGUAAAUCAUUGAUGUCAGAAGAAAUUGUGAAGUUGGAGGAGAAGAAUGGCAACGCUGCCCCAUUUAAAAAAUGCCGCAAUGAUGCAAUUAAUAUUUUGCAACAACUGAAUGAGUGAUUUGAUGAAAUUGUUUGUUACAAUUUUUUUAUUUUUUCAUGUGUUAUCUGAACAGGGUGACUCCAGAAAUUUUCAGAGAUGAUAGUAGAAAACAAAAAUUGCGAAAAUAUCAACUUUCUUUAUCCGAAUGUUUAUAGUUUUUGAGGUCUAGUCGCCGAAUUUAGCCUUAAAUUUUAUUAACAAAAUUGUGAUUUUUUACAUUAGCUUUUCAAAAUUUAGACAUUGUUUUAAAAAAUUUAGCAAAAAUUAGUAAAAAGAACCACAACAAAAUUGACUUUGAACCUGUACUAUCACCUUUUUAAAUUUUUGCACAACUAUUAAAAUCACAUUCUAUUGUGAAAAAUGUGCCUGACUUUGAUUUUAAUUUUAUCCACAAAAUCGUGGAUUUUUUGUGCUUUAGGUUUUAAUACCGAGACUGUAAGUGAUUUUGAUUUUUCACAAAAGACAAAUUCAAUGUCUUCACUGGUCACAAUCAUUUACUGUCAUCUCUACUUAGUUUUAUUGUUCGUUUUGGAAUUUGUUUACAUUCCAAAAUAUUUGUUUCCAGUUAGCUUAGUUUUAUAUUCUCUCAGAGAUCUACUUUUUUUGCAAUUACGCAUUCCUGUUGCAAUUUAGUGAAGUAGGAUUUUAUUGUGAUCUAGUAGGUUGAGUAACUUUUAAACCUGCAAGAGUUUUUUUUAUAUUAUUAAAUAUGCCGGCCAUAUUGUAUCACAAUUGCUGUCAUUUUUAGUAAUUAUCUUAUUAUUAUAGUUUAUUGAACUUUUUUUACUAUAUUUUUAUAAUAUUCAUGAUAAUAUACAUACUUUACAUUUUA